UCCCUUUCCUUUUCCCCGGACCCGAAGAAUCCCAUUUCACCGUCUCAGGUCCCCAUGGCGGCGGCGGCGCAGCUCCACGGAUCGUCCGCGGCCAAGGCGGCAUACCGGCGAACACCUGCCUUUAUGAUUGCAUCCUCAUGCCGGUGGCCGCAGAAUUCUCUCGCGGGCUCCACGAAGCUUUCCAUUUCUAACAGUGGAAUGGGUAUGAAGCCAUUUGGUUUUGGUGCUACAAUUUCGACAAAAUGUGCAAAUGAAGCUCGGGUUGAAGAGUUAAACUUGCGAUCAGAUCAGGUGAAGGAUCAGGUGAAGGAAUUAGUAAAAGAAGAUGAGCAUGUUAUUCCUCAGAAGAGGAGUGCUAAAAUCCAUGAUUUUUGCUUUGGGAUCCCUUUCGGUGGUCUUUUAUUCUCUAUGGGGCUUCUAGGAUACAUCUUCUCCAGAAGCACCAUAAGUCUUGUCUUAGGCGUUGCACCAGGGCUCACCACUCUCCUCCUCGGUACUCUUAGUCUGAAGUUUUGGAGGAGUGGAAAAUCCAGCUUCCUAUUUAUCCUGGCCCAAGCAGCAAUUUCUGUUUUCCUGGCAUGGAAGUACUCUCAUGCUUACUUUUUGACAAACAGACUCCUUCCUUGGGGCUUCUAUGCUUCACUGAGCACUGCAAUGACAUGUUUCUACACAUAUGUGCUGCUUGCCGGAGGGAAUCCCCCACCGAAGAAGUUGGCUGCCAUUCCACCGCCGUAUCCAGCUUAGUGUCAGCGUGGUUUGACCUUUUUGUUCAUAAUGCUGUGACAGCGAGUAUAGUAGAAUUUUGAUUAUCCCCGUUGUAUAUUCUCCGAUCUUUGGUUCGCUGCUGUCUGGGCUUAGUUUUUUAACUCUGGCAGCCUGAAACUUUGAGCUAAUAAGCUUCAGAGGAUAAUAGCCCUGCCUGUAGCGAACAUGCUGGUUUCCUCCGCAUGAACGUGAUAAUGGAUACUCCAUUUGUCUUC